UAAGAGGUCUUAUAUAUAUUUACCGUAAUUUUUAAUCCAAUUUUACUUGUUAAAUUAUUUUGGAAGUUAUGUUAAUCAAAUGUUCGCUCUUUAACAGCUUUAUAUUAAAAAGUCAAUACAUAAGCAUUGCUGUAUCUGUUAACAUCUAAGUUACCGCGAUGAAUAAUAAAGAAGAAACAGACGGGAUUCAUAGUGAAAUAAACUUUCCUCUAGAUAUUCCCAAAGAGGAGAUGGAUGGUACUAUAGAAAUUGAGAUCCCUUACAAUUUACUGCAGUAUCUGAGUUCGGAGAAUAGCAGCAUCCACAAUUUAUGUCGCAUUUGUCUGUCAGUGCAACAAAACAUGACUUGUUUGUUUACUUCUUCGAGCCCUGCAUUACACGACAUGCUGGCAGAGAUCUCGUCCAUACAGGCCUCUCUGGAUGAUGGCCUACCAUCUCGGAUUUGCGAAAUAUGUGAAGGUCACGUUAUAAGUUAUUAUAAUUUUAAGUUAAAAUGUGAUAAAUCUGAGUUUACUCUUAAAUCGCUACUGAAAGGAGAAUUUCUUACCAAAGAAAACCAAAGCACCAAUAAUACAAAAAACAGAGAUGAAACUGCAGAUAAAAUAAACAUUAAAAAUGAAAAUGUGAUUCAUGAAGAAACACAGUUCUUGGAAGCUCUGUCUGAUGACCCUAAUGAUGAGAAGACGCUAUGCAUCAUUCAAAAAGAAGAAUUGAAUAGGAAAACGCACCAUUCGCCCGAUGGAACCAUUUCGUCUAAUAAAAAAACGAAGGGAGUUGUUACUGGUCAAGCGUGUUCGUAUUGUGAUAAGAAAUUUAAGUACCAAAAGGCGCUGGCCGUCCACGUGAGGAAACGCCACAUGGCCGAGGAAGACUGCCACCCGUGCCAGCACUGCAAGGACGUGUUCAGAUCCCAGCACGACCUCCAUCUGCACAGCGCGCUCCACUCCAAGGGGCAGUGGAAGUGCAACAAGUGUUUUAAGGAAUUCAAAUUGAGAUCGAUGCUACGUCGCCACGUGUCGCGGCACAUGGAAUCGAAGCGGUAUACCUGCGGUUUGUGCAACAAGUCGUUCGCCGAGUUGUAUUCGUUGCGGAGACACGAACGCGUUCACACUGGCGAGGAGCGGGAGAAGAAACAUGUCUGUCAUAUUUGUGGGAAGCGAUACAGCGAGAGCAACCUGCUCACCGGCCACAUGGCGUCGCACAGCGGCCUGAAGCCGUGGCAGUGCUCCGACUGCCGCAAGCGGUUCGCCAGCGCCCGCCUGCUGGCCUCGCACCGCGCCGUGCACUCCGCGGAGAGACCGCACGCUUGUCUUUAUUGCGAUAGACGGUUCCGGCACGAGUCGACCCGCAACACGCACCACCGCACCCACACCGGGGACAAGCCGUACGUGUGCGCCGCCUGCGGCAAGAGGUUCAUACAGAGCUCCAACCUCAGGCUGCACAUGCGCACGCACACAGGCGAGCGGCCGUACUGGUGCGGCGCGUGCGGCGCGCGCUUCGCGUCCAGCUCGGCGCUGCGCGCGCACCGCCGCUCGCACGAGCGCGCGCCGCGCGAGCCCUGCGCCUGCUGCGGGAAGAGGAUCUCGAAAGCGAACCUUAGGGCGCAUAUGCGUCUGCACAAAGAAGACAAGCCAUAUAAAUGCAACUUGUGUCCGAAGGCGUUCGUCACAGCCACCAGGUUGAGAGACCAUAGUAGGAUCCACACCGGUGAGAAACCGUUCGAAUGCGCAAUCUGCACGAAAACGUUCACCACGAAGACUCACCUAAGGAAACACACAAAAUACCAUGAGAACGAACAGAAACGCACAAAAACCGCGGACAACAAAAAGAAUAUCACAGAAAACACAGUAAAACACCACCGAGCACCCACAAAAUGCGAGGCAAUACCUUUAGAAGUCACCGGAGAGUUGGUAGUGCCCGAAGAGCAAACUGAAAUAUUAGUUGUUGAUAAUAACCAGUGCCUGCAAGGGAACAUUUGUCUGGACGGAGUGACGUACGUCAACGAUGACGUCACAUUUGGCGGUGACGGCAUAAACCUAGUGGCCGUUGAUGAAGAAGGUGUGAGUAUAUCGUCCGCGGCCAUGUUGGAAGGCGCCACGGUGAAGUUGUAUCAGAUUGAUCAGAGUCUAGUGCAGAUUCACAGUACAGGCGCUCAGGUCACGAUCAGCAAGAUUACAAGCAAAAUGACUGCUAACUUUUGAAAUUAAAAAGCUAAAUUUAAUAAAAAUUUGAGGUGGAUAACCUCAAAAAUACAAACUAAUAAACGCUUACCGCUUUAUGAUAUUAGUAUAGAUAAAAUUAUUUAUAUAGAAUGCGUCCUAACUUUUUUUUUGUAUAGCUUCCAUUCUAUUGAGUAAAAUAUUUCCCUGGGAAUUUUGAUUACUAAGAUAUGUAAUGUUUUCUCAAAUCUAUUUCCUAAAAUUAUAGAACCAUCUUAUGCUUGGUCUACCUCUCUUUUUACAUAAAUCACUAAGUUUAAGUAGCUAUUUAUUAUUUAUUUAUUUACGCCAAUAAAACAACGGUAGUAUAUAAGUUAUAUAAGUAAAAAAAAAGAAUUGUCACAAAUAAAUCUGCAGAUGUAUGAU